CCACACAAAAAGGUAAAAGAGAAAAAGAGAGAGGGAUGUUCCGCUUUUAUCAUAUCAGUAAAGUUCUUUUUAUAGUCACCAAAGCAGGAGUGGCGAAGUUAGAAGCAUUUGCAUACUUUCCUCUACCAAGAUAACUUCUCAUCUUUGUAUCACUGUCUGAUGGACGUCAAUCCAGAAAACUUGAGAGCGGCAAGAAGAAACCACUUGCUCAUGAUACUUCUUGUACUCUUUCUAGCUCAACAAUAUUUCCAUAGAUCGCUAAGCUUUGUGGAGGGCCUGGAGACUACUAGCAAUGUGUACAUUGUGUACAUGGGAGAGAAGAAGCAUGAGGAUCCAGCAACCAUAAAAAAAUCCCACCAUGAAAUGCUGUCCACCUUGCUUGGAAGCAAAGAAGCUGCCAAGAGUUCAAUUCUUUACAGUUACAAGCAUGGAUUUUCUGGCUUUGCAGCAAAGCUGACAGAAUCUCAGGCAGAAGAUAUUGCAGGAUUCCCAGGUGUUGUUCAAGUGAUUCCAAAUCGCAUUCACAGGCUCCAUACAACUAGAAGCUGGGAUUUCCUCGGUCUCCAACAUGAUUAUCCAACAAAUGUUUUAACAGAGACCAACCUGGGUCGAGGAGUUAUCAUUGGGGUGAUAGAUUCAGGAGUCUGGCCAGAGUCUGAAAGCUUCAAGGAUGAAGGCAUGGGUCCAAUUCCAUCGCGUUGGAAAGGUAUCUGCCAACAUGGGGAGCGCUUCAAUUCCACCAAUUGCAACAGGAAACUUAUUGGGGCUCGCUGGUUUUUUAAAGGGAUCCACCAGGAAAUAGGAAAAUUCAUGAAUAUAACUGACAACCUAGAAUUUCUGUCACCAAGGGAUGGAAUUGGCCAUGGCACUCAUACAGCUUCAACAGCAGCAGGCUAUUUUGUAGAGAAAGCAAACUACAGAGGACUAGCUACAGGCCUAGCCAGAGGAGGUGCACCUCUUGCUCGGUUAGCAAUUUACAAGGCUUGCUGGGCCAUUAUCAGUGGAGCAUGCAGUGAUGCCGAUAUUCUGAAAGCAUUUGACAAAGCCAUACAUGAUGGGGUGGAUAUCCUGUCUCUGUCUGUUGGCAAUGAUAUUCCUCUAUUCUCCUAUGUUGAUCAGCGUGAUUCAAUCGCAAUCGCUUCCUUCCAUGCAAUUGCAAAGGGGAUAACGGUAGUUUGUUCAGCAGGAAAUGAUGGACCUUUCUCACAGACAAUAGCAAACACUGCACCCUGGCUCAUUACUGUGGCAGCCACCACCAUUGACAGGGCCUUCCCAACAGCCAUCAUACUUGGGAACAACCAAACUUUCUUGGGUCAAUCUAUUGAUACAGGAAAGCAUAAACUUGGAUUCACUGGUCUCACUUAUUCAGAACGCGUAGCUUUAGACCCAAAGGACGAUUCAGCAAAGGACUGUCAGCCUGGAAGCCUCAAUGCAACAUUAGCAGCAGGAAAAAUUAUCCUCUGUUUCUCAAAAUCGGACAAACAGGAUAUAAUUUCUGCAUCAGGUGCAGUGCUGGAAGCAGGAGGCAUUGGACUUAUUUUUGCACAGUUCCCCACCAGUCAGCUUGAGUCAUGUGAUUUAAUUCCUUGUAUCAAAGUAAAUUAUGAAGUCGGGACACAGAUACUUACUUACAUCAGAAAAGCAAGGUCUCCUACUGCAAAGCUGAAAUUUCCAAAGACUGUUACAGGGAAAUGGGCAUCUCCACAUGUUGCAUAUUUCUCGUCCAGAGGACCCAGUUCCAUGUCUCCUGCUGUGCUAAAGCCCGAUGUUGCUGCCCCAGGAGUGAACAUCUUAGCAGCUUAUUCACCAGUUGAUGCUGGAACUAGCAAUGGGUUUGCCUUCUUAUCAGGUACUUCAAUGGCUUGUCCUCAUGUGAGUGGAUUAGCAGCACUCAUUAAAUCCGCCCAUCCAACUUGGUCUCCUGCAGCCAUAAGAUCAGCUCUUGUCACUUCAGCUUCCCAAACUGGAACAGAUGGCAUGGAUAUAAUUGAGGAGGGGCCGACUCGCAAGGCAGCAGACCCAUUUGACAUUGGUGGUGGCCAUGUCAAUCCCAACAAGGCACUAAAGCCAGGGCUCAUUUACAAUAUCAGUUUGGAGGACUACAUCCAGUUCCUCUGCUCCAUGGGUUACAGCAAUCCAUCCAUUGGCAGGUUAACCAAGACCACGACAAAUUGCACGAGAGGCAGCCAUUUUCAAUUGAACCUCAACCUCCCUUCCAUCACCAUUCCAAACCUCAAAAAGAAAGUAACAGUCAUGAGAACUGUGACAAACGUGGGACACAUUAAUUCAGUGUAUAAAGCUGAGGUGCAGGCUCCUUAUGGCAUUAAAAUGGCAGUUGAACCUCAUAUACUGAGCUUCAACUUAACCACCCAAUUUCUUCCUUUCAAAGUUACCUUUUUCUCAACUCAAACGGUCCAUGGAGACUACAAAUUCGGAAGCCUAACAUGGACAGAUGGUGAGCAUUUUGUCAGGAGUCCUAUAGCCAUACGUGCAAUCAAAUUUGACAUGUAUGCAGAUGUAUAAGUCUUGCAAAGCAGUUUUACAAGACAGCUAAUCCUGGUAAUAACUUACAAACUAUGCAUGCAUUUGAUGCUGUUAAGAACCAAUCCCUGUAUCUCUUUCACGAACAUUUAGCAUUCACCUUAAGAAUUUCCCAAAUCUUUUACCUUCUGAGUUAUUUUAGGUGAAAUAAAGAGCUUCCAAUCUAGAAAUUAACUAAACAAUAGGAUACCCAAAUGCUUAUGCCACCCAGAAAUAUGAUACUAGAACAAGAAAUCCUGAAGAGUUAACUGAUUCAAAACAACAAAAUAUCUCUUGAUGAAAAGGAAUUUUUGGUAAAGACUAGAAGCAAGAAUUCACAUUGGAUCAUCAGAUUAUCCAUCUACAAGAACUACAAACAAAAGAACCACAAGGCAAACCAUAAUUACUAUAGCUUAUUGCUGCUGCUACAUGAUGCACAUUCAUUUUCUUUUCCUUUUCCCCGCUUUCUCAGGCACCAAACAGAGGGUCAGAAAAUAGUUUCUUGUAGUAGAAUUUCUUUUUGCCUCAGUUUCCUAUUAGAUUGACUGAUGGGUCAGCCUUUUCAUUGAGAAAUAGGGGUUUUAGGAGUUCUGCUUCCAAAUCAUAGCCUUGCAUAAGAUGAUUUGCUCCAUGAUUUGAUUCCAAAUGCUUGCUUUAAAAUGGGUUGGUCCAACUGGGGUUAAGAUUUAGAACUUUGGUCAUGUGGGUGCUUGUGUCUAUAAAUAUACAUGCAAAAUAUUGAUGCAACCAUAUCUAAUUCAUGAAAGAUAUAGAUACAGAGAAGUUGUUGUUUGUGUCACAGUUUCAAGUGUCUAAGAUUUAUUUGUACAUGUUGUGACAGUGGAAACUUGCAAAUAUGUUAACACAAAAAUAUAAAAAUAAAACAAUUCACAUAAAAAUAUACAAGAAUUUAACAUGAUUCAGUCACUUAUUAUGCUCACAUCUACAGAUAAGAGAGAUUUUCCGACUAUAGAAUAUUAUAAAAGAUAGAACACAAAUAAAACUAAUGGAUCUGGACUUCGAACCAUCUUAUGUUUCUCUGCUCCAUACAUUUACACCUGAACCGCAAGCCUCCUUAUUCUACAACAUAACUAACAUUACCAUGACAUAUCAAUUUAGUAACUAAACUAUACAAUAUUCUUUACAAUAAGUAACAUAUGCCAAUUAGAAAUUUGAGAUACUUCCAAAUAAUCCUAAUUACCAAAUAAGAAUUCAUAGAUCAGUUCGUGACAUCUUCUCCGGGAAACAUAAUAGAUCUACACAAAGGGCAAGUGAUUUUACCC